AUGGCUCUUUUUGGAUAUUUCCUGUUUCUUUGUGGGUUGACCCAAGUUCUGUCAAGUUAUCCGAUCUGGUGGUCCUUGGCCAUUGGCCACCAAUAUUCUUCUUUGGGGACACAGCCCAUCCUCUGUGGAAGCAUCCCUGGCUUGGUGCCCAAGCAGUUGCGGUUCUGUCGGAACUACGUGGAGAUCAUGCCCAGUGUGGCUGAAGGGGUGAAGAUCGGCAUCCAGGAGUGCCAGCACCAGUUCCGCGGGAGGAGGUGGAACUGUACCACUGUCAACGACAGCUUGGCCAUCUUUGGGCCUGUCCUGGAUAAAGCCACAAGGGAGUCCGCCUUUGUUCAUGCCAUUGCCUCCGCCGGGGUGGCUUUCGCAGUGACCAGAUCCUGCGCCGAAGGUUCAGCCACCAUCUGCGGCUGCGACACACGUCACAAGGGUCCUCCGGGAGAAGGCUGGAAAUGGGGCGGAUGCAGUGAGGAUGUGGAGUUUGGGAGCAUGGUGUCUCGGGAGUUUGCAGAUGCGCGAGAGAACCGGCCGGACGCUCGCUCGGCCAUGAACCGACACAACAACGAGGCUGGGAGGACGUCGAUCAUUGACCACAUGCACCUCAAGUGCAAGUGUCAUGGAUUGUCUGGUAGCUGCGAGGUGAAAACCUGUUGGUGGUCCCAGCCGGACUUCCGAGUCAUCGGCGACUACCUGAAAGACAAGUACGACAGCGCUUCAGAAAUGGUGGUGGAGAAGCACAGGGAAUCCCGUGGCUGGGUAGAGACGCUCCGGCCGAAAUAUAACUUCUUCAAAGCGCCAACCGAGAGAGACCUGGUCUACUAUGAAAACUCGCCCAACUUCUGCGAGCCGAACCCCGAAACUGGCUCCUUUGGCACCCGUGACAGGAUCUGCAAUGUCACCUCGCAUGGGAUAGAUGGAUGUGACCUCUUGUGCUGUGGGCGUGGGCACAACACCCGGACUGAGAAGAGGAAGGAGAAGUGUCAUUGCAUUUUCCACUGGUGUUGCUACGUCAGCUGUCAGGAGUGCACGCGGGUCUACGACGUUCACACGUGCAAGUAAAACUGGACACCCUCCAUCAGCGGGAAAUGAAUCAGAGACAACUCGUUUUUUGUGGGGAAAGUCGACUUCUGGAGACUGAAUGGAA